AUGACGACAAUUGAAUUCGACAAAUUAUGCGACGAAAUGCAAUCAAAUCCAAACUGGGAAGCAGCUGGGUGGGUAUGCCCAUCUGAUUGGCCACAAAGUCCAGGUGCAACAGUCGGCGGAAGUCCAGAAGUUUGUGACUGCUCUGCCGGCAAAAGGAAGACUAAAAACAUCUGCUGCACUUUUGGAAUGCAUGCUAUAGCAAGAGAAAAUUUGCAGCAUUUCCUCUAUUCUUACAAGGAAUCACCUAAAGAGCAAGGUCUCCGUCUUAUCCACGAUGCCAAGAAAAGUCAAGCUCUUCGACGAGAACGAGAACAUCAGCGAGCCCUGCAGAAUCUUCGUGCCGCUGUGGUGAAUCACAUAAAUCACCGGUUCCGAGCCGUCUUCAACGAUUGGGCGGCGACAUUCGAAAGAGACCUCAAUCCGUGGGUGUUGAUCGGUACCAUUUGCACAGUGUUAUAUUACGAGAACCUGAAGGUAGCGUUCGCCGUCAGGGCGAAUUCCGCUUACGAUGGAGCACUGGAAGACGAAUCUCCGAUUCAAAAGAAGACAAUAUCAUUCAAGAAGGGAGACUUCAUACAUAUUUACAAGCGCUAUACCCACGAUUGGUGGAUCGGACGAGUUGUCGCGGCAGAGUCGACGAUCGGCUUCGUACCCACUGCUAGACGACUAGCACGGCUGACCGAAGAGCAAGUAGACGAAAGAGAAAAAUCUACUGAUAAGAACACGAUUGUGGCAAGGGAAGCCGAGAUCUGGGAAUAUCCAAAUCCAUAUACAGUCGUCCCGUCAACUCGUCCAAUUAUUCUUCUCGGACCAUGUUACCAAUCAUCACGUCUCACACAGCUCAUGCAUGCUGCUGUACGGUCAGCAAUAGUGAAAAAGUUCGGAAGCCGUGUUCGACGUCUGACAACCGAUAUCGGUGAAAAGGAUAUUAAUGAACGAGAACUUCGCUUAAUUACUGCUAUGACGGAAGAUCUCCACCUUAUACUUCUCGAAUGUCCUAACAUCAGCACACCAGGCGAUGUUGCUCAUCUGAAUAUGGCUCCAAUUCUACUUCUAUUCAGAAUCAGUAAUCGUAAGAUUUUGUUAAAGUUGUUGAAAAAGACUGGCAUCAAAGGCCACAGUGCUAUCGCCGGAGCCGAUUUUCUCAACCAGUUAGCUCCUGAUCAGGUUGAUGUUAUUAUCGAAGACAACGGACUUCACGAAGCGACAAACAAGAUUUUCAAAUUCUUAGAAGCUUAUUGGCUAGCUCUACAUCCAACGACUCCAAUUUUAGAAGAAGAAUAUUCGGAAAAACCACCCGAAUCUUCUGGAACCAGUGAUAAAACUGAUAAUCGCUAG